AUGGCUGCCAAGGACAAGCUCUCGCCAUUGGCUCUGCAGGAACUGAACUCCCGACUCUCAUCUACGGGACACCAAUUAAUCACCAGGGAGUCAGACCCAGCUAAGUACGCAAGGUGUAUCGAGCGGUGGUCUAUGGCGGCGGUGAAGCCUGCAGGAGCUGUCCUCAUAUCAGAAAGUAUAGACGCUAUCUCCAUAGCUGUCCAUUAUGCCACACAGAAGUCUAUCGACCUGGCGGUCCGAGGUGGUGGUCAUUCCACUGCCGGGUCGAGCUCCACCGAUGGUGGCCUCCUCAUCGACCUCGGUUCCUCAACGCGGUUCACGCAAGUUAAGGUGGACAAGACGAAAGAUCAUUUGAUAGCAGGGGGCGGAGCUAAUUGGGGUCACGUCGAUGAAGCGGGGUUUUCUGCGGGCCUGGCGACAGUUGGCGGCACAGUCAGCGACACCGGGAUCGGCGGCUUGACUCUUGGGGGCGGGUAUAGGUGGUUGAGCGGGAAAUUAGGUCUCACGAUUGACAACCUGAUCGCCCUGGGGCUCGUGACAGCAGAUGGGAAGCUCUUGACCGUCAGUGAAGAACAGAAUGCACAAUUGUUCUGGGCUCUUCGGGGAGCAGGACACAACUUUGGUGUCGCAGUAUCAUUCACGUACUAG